UCAGGUGUUUCUGAUAAUACUUUAAUUAGGGAUAAUGUGUCUGAUUUUAGUGAAGAAGAGGAUAAUAUAAAUGAGGAAUGUGAAGGAGAACCUUCAAAUGAUGUCACGUUAUCACCUUUUUACACUAAUAUUAACAGUGAAGCAUUUGAAGAUCCAAAUUUUCCAGAUGGUUAUACACAAGAUAGGGCAAAUGGUAGCCAAAGUGUUAGUAGUGAACGUGUGGUAGGCAUGUCUUUUGAGUCUAAACUAGAAACAAUCAAUGCAAUUAAGCAAUUUCAUAUUAGGAAUUCAUUUGACUUUGUGGUUGAGGAGUCAAGGCCAAACAUAUAUGUGGCUAAGUGUAAACAGUUUGAUAAUGGGUGUGAAUGGAGGGUUAGAGCAUCUUUCAGCAAAAUACGUAAUAAUUGGGAGAUAAAAAAGAUUAAUGGGAAUCACACCUGCAUUACUUCUGUAAUGAGACAAGAUCAUGAUAAGUUAGACUCAUCCAUUAUUGCUAAUUGUAUUUCUGGGAUAGUAAAUUCAGAUCCUAAUAUUCCAAUAAAAGCUUUGAUUGCUGAGGCUAGAAAUCAAUUCGGUUUUUCUGUUACAUAUAGAAAGGCUUGGAUUGCAAAAUAAAAAGCAAUUGCACGAUUAUUUGGUGGUUGGGAAGAAUCGUACAGUCUUCUACCAAGAUGGUUAAAUGUUGUUCAACACUUUGUACCCGGUACAAUUGUUAACUAUGAUACUUCUCAAUCAAUUGUAGAGGGUAUGGGAGAUCCUUCUAGCGUUAUCCUUAAUCGGGUUUUUUGGUCAUUUAAGCCAUCCAUUGAGGGCUUUCAGUAUUGCAAACCCAUUAUUCAAGUGGAUGAGACAUUUCUAACUGGGAAAUAUUGUGGCACAUUAUUAGUUGCUGUGACUCAAGAUGGAAAUCGUGACAUCUUUCCAAUCGCAUUUGCAAUUGUUGAAGGAGAGACAAAAGAAGCUUGUAUGUGGUUCUUAUACAACCUACGCAUGAUUGUUACACCACAGCCGAGUCUUUGUGUGAUAUCUGACAGAGGAACAAGAUUGUUAGCAGCUUUGCAAGAUCCGAGAGUCGGGUGGCUUCAGCAUAAUUCACAAUCAGUUUUUUGCAUUCGGCACAUUGCUAGUAACUUCAACAAACGAUUUAAAAAUGUAGAGCUAAAGAAAGAUGUCAUCAAUAUGGGAUAUGAGGUGAGGCAACCAAGAUUUGAAGCAAAGCUAACUGUACUAAGAUCAAAGAAUCCACAAGCUGCAGAGUGGUUAGAUAAUAUUCCAAAGGACAAAUGGACUCAAGCUUAUGAUGGUGGGAAAAGAUAUGGACACAUGACGACGAAUCUUGCUGAGUGCAUGAAUUCUGUAUUAAAAAGAGCUCGUGCAUUGCUGAUAAAGGUUUUUUCCUCGUUGUUUGUACUGCUUUUGGCUAAACCUUUAUGAUUCAAUCAUAGUAAAACAAAUACGGGUUUAUCGUCCUCAGGGAUUGUGUGAACAUUAGUUCCACCAGUUAAACAUCGAUCUGAGCGGAUAAAAAGAUGUUUGAUUAAUUGUUUUUAUGGUUUUGAAUAUAAGGAAAGCGGUAAAAGAAUGUUUACAGGGAUAACAAAGAAGAAAACGUAUUUAGAAUGCAUUUCCCUAAUC